AAACAUGGCCGAAAUUAUUCUUCUGUGCCACGUCGAAUGUCCAAUGAAAAUGUGAAGGGAAUUAUUAUGUGUUCUGUGAUCUGUCGAAAGUAACAGUGGUUACCCAGUUUCUGUCAUGUUGACAAAAACUUCAAAGACAAUUGCAUUAUGUUCUAUUGCAAACUUUAUCAACUCGGCAGAUCGAGUUAUUAUGCCGAUUGCUAUUGUUCCUAUGACAGAUGAGUUUAAGUGGGGUCUGCAUGGCCAAGGAUGGGUUCUUAGUUCAUUUGCCAUUGGCUACAUGAGCAGUCAGGUUGUAGGUGGAAGUGGUGCCAAAAAGUAUGGAGGAAAAUUGAUUUUAACUAUUGCAGUUUUACUCUGGUCCAUGUCAACAUUUUUAGUUCCUUUCUUCUCACAUUCAAUAUGGGCCUUGACUUUGUCUAGGAUAUUUUUAGGAUUAGGCGAAGGUUUAGGUUUACCUACAAUAUUUCACAUAUUUUCUCAUGCUAUACCUGGUGAAGAAAGAUCCAGAGCAUUUGGUUACUUAGUAGCUUGUGGUUCAAUAGGACAGACAGUGGCAGCUCUUGUUUGUCCACAUUUACCAUGGCAGUGGAUGUUUUAUUCAUUUGGUUCUUUAGGUUUUAUUUGGGUUUUAAUUUGGACAAUGUUAUAUACUGAGAACAGAGGAGCCUAUGAUGAAGAAUUUGUUGACCCUCCAAAAGUGAACAAUACAAAUGUCAGAUGGUCAGAAUUUAUCUGUCACUGGCCUCUAUGGUCAAUUUAUAUUGCUCAUUUCUGUAUGAACUGGUCAAAUUAUAUUAUAAUGCAGUGGUUACCAACAUAUAUGACCAGAAAUUUAGGGGCCAAUAAGAGUCAUAUUAUGUUUACUGCAGUGCCUUAUGUGAUGAAUUCUUUAAUAGGAGUGGUUGCUGGUCAUUUUGCUGAUGCGUUAAUUGGUCAUAAAUGGACAGUGUUAUCAGUGAGAAGACUAAUGACUAGUAUUGGUUUAUUAGGUCCUGGCUUAUUUAUGUUGUUUUUUAGUGCUGUCAAUAAUUUACCGUUAGCUGUUAUUUUUGUUUCCAUAGCAUUAGGCUUAAGUGCAUGUAAUUCAUCAGGACAUUUAAGUAAUCAUGCUGAAAUUGCUCCAAAUCAUGCUGGAAUCACAUUUGCUAUAUCAAAUACUCUUGCCACAAUACCUGGUAUAACCUGUGGACCACUGACUGCCGAACUGGUUAUUCAAUCACAUGGUCGUUGGUUUCCUGUCUUCAUUAUUGCUGCCGGUGUCAACUUUGUUGGUGCCAUUAUUUAUUUGAGUCAAAGCGCUGCCAGUCAGUUACUGUGAUCAAAUUUUUAGUAUUCCACAUAUUAACGUGUUCAAAUUAUUUUGUGAAAAAAAAGGGUAAAAUUUAUUCCAAAUUUAUAUAAUAUCAAAAGAAAUCAUGAUAUUUUUCUUAACUUUAAUAUUCAAUUCUAUGUAUUCAAAUUACUUCAAUAACUACUUUAAAAGACUCCAAUGCCCUUGACAUUGCUCAAGAAAAGUAAAGAUAGUACACUACGAUAUACAAUACAUAUAUAAGUUGAUCAUAAAAUUAUGUCAGUUGUGAAUGUGCAGAAAAUAAAUUUGCUUUGUUUCGAUCAAAAUCCAUUAAUCUACAAAUUUGUAGAAAUGAAUUGUAAAUAUACAUUACUCUAUCAGGUCAAACAACAAGAUAUAUAUUUUGUACAGUGUCAUUUUAACCAGACGUCUGAGGUGUUUUGUAGAUUUUAUUGUAUUAUUUAAAACGUAUUACAUUCUUAUUGUAUGCAGCAUGAGAGUAAAAUUGCAUUUGUUAUCAGGAGGUUUUGAUAUCAAAUCCAUAAAUUAUGAUUUUGUAGAGUUAUCUGGUAAGAAUUUUUUUUUUUUUGUGGUUGAAUCAUCCCUAACCUGUAAGCAUCUUCACAAUGUCAAGCUAUAACAAACUUGCGAAGAUGAUCUGUGAGAUGAUAGAUAAUAAAUAAUAAUCAAUAAUAAUAGAUGCUAUAAAAGGGACCCAUAGCGAUCACCAGUUGCAUAUGAUUGCGAAUAAGAUUUGUGUUUAUGAGUUUUGUACACAACUAUCGUGCAACUCGGCUGUGCAUUGCGUUCGGGACUCAUGACCACUUUCAUUAUUCACAACUGGUAAUUGCUAUAGUGUGAGAGUACCUUAACUUCUGUGCAGAAUCACCUACAAAGACCAAAGGGAUUUCAUUGUCACAGGUUAUCCGCCAAAUCAUUGAAUUAAAAUAAUAGUUUGUUUUUAUAAACUCUACUAAUUGAAUGUAAAUAUAAUAUAUAUAUUUCUAUAAAUAUCGAAUCAUUUGUCAACGAUCAUAUUUUAAUUUGUAAAUAUUUGUGUAUAAUUGUAAAUAAGUCUAUUCAAAUAUUUGUAGUUUAUCUAAUAAUUUGACCCUUGCAAGUGGGAAAAGUUUUAACUGAUUAUGAACAGUAUAACACGACACAGUCUAUCUUCACUUGUUCAUAUUCAAUGGGAAAUAAUUUAUUGUGAACUGUAAUCUUAGCAUGUCAACAACUAUUGCCUACCUCAUUGAGCAACUGUCGAGGGAUAUUUAAUGAGCACAUAGGGCCUUGGGUUAUUUUCCCAUACAAACUACUUGAAGGCUUCUUGCAUGUCAGCUCCCCAGGCCUGCAUCACUGACAGGUAUGACAUGAAUCACAGCAAAUUGCCCCUUCAAUUUAAAUGCAAGAGUCUUAAAGGAAUUCAAUUUGCUGUUAAUUCUUACUGAUGUCAAAGUAACACAUUCUUUAGUUCCUGACACUUUCAGUAUCAGAAUUUAAUAAGAAUUACAUAAUUUACAGUUUCAUUUAGCACUUUUUUUUUUCUUAAUCCACAAUUUCAAGUUGUUUUAUGUAUUUAUAAACAUAAAUAGUCUGUACAAUUUCAAUUACUCUUGUACUCUCUAAAACGAUUAAACAAUUUUUGAUUAGGUUUUUAAUUACCCCUGUAUGUAUACAAAUAUCUUUCUUUGACUAAGAAGUCAAAUUAGGUUUGAAAGUUAGCCAAAAUAUUGGUGAUAUUCAUAUUAAAUUC